AUGUAUCGAGGUGCUAAUAUGGAUGCUGCACAAAUCACUCAAUAUGAGAAAAUGGCUAAAGAUAAAACUUUAUGUAAAACAUUUCAAGCGUAUACUUCUUGUACACGUAUUCGUAGCAAAGCAAAGGCAUUAGGAAAUACUCUAUUCACAAUGGAAUUGAUAAAUGAUUGUACUAUGGAUUUAAGUCCAUACUCAAAGUAUCCAGAAGAAGAAGAAGAACUUAUUAUGCCUGGCGUUUGUUUUCGGGUUAAAAGUGUUACUUUUGAUCAGAAGAAAAAUAGGCAUCUGAUUACUUUGGAAUUAAAAAAAAAAGUUCCUACAACAGAUAUAAAAACGAAUCUUCCCGUUGAAAAACCAACAACAGAAACAACAUCCACUGUUUCUUUGAAAACUAAAAUCAAUGAAAAUAUGGUGACAGGACCUUCAACGAAAAUACCAACACCAGCAGCAGCACCACCACCACCAUCAGGCAUUGCAAAGAAGCAUAUAUUCUUGGCCUACGCAGAAAAUGAUGAGUCUGAUGCAGCCAUGGUGCAAAAAGUGAAAAAUUAUUUCAUCCAACGACGGUUCAGAGUUUAUCAUCCAAGAAAAAAUGAGGAUGUUAAUACACAAAUUGCAAAUGGUAUCGAAAAAGCCGCUGUGGUUUUAGUUUUUUCCUCGCUUUCGUUCGAAAAGUCAAAAUCUGGAUUAAAACUAUUGAAUUAUGCUGAUCAAAAUAAAACACCAAUUCUAAGUGUUAAGAUUGAUGAAGAUUAUCUACCGUUGAAUUGGCUGGGUGCUAUUUUAGCUCCUGCAAAGAGUUGUUCGAAUAAUUUUGAUGAAAUUAUGCAAUCUCUGGCUUCACUGGAAAUUAAAACUAGUGAUCUUGUUCUUGAAAGAGGUGAAAAGAAUGAACCACAGGUGGUAGAAGAGAUUUUAUUCCAGGGUGGAGCCGAAUCGGGAAAUCUGAAGGCUAGUUUUUAUGAAUCUGGCAAAGAGUUUCCAAUGAAAUUCAAAUUUUUGGGCUUGAAAAACGGAAAAGUAGUUGGCCAAGGAAAUGAUAAAGAUGGAGAUUUUACUCUUACUGGUGAAUACAAGAUUACCGAUCGCCUUGGUAGAAUUGAAAUGCAAAAACAACAUGUUGGAAAACAGCCCGUUAAAUGUCAAGGAAAGGUUUCUUUUCAAGAAUUAAAUUGCAAUAUAGAAGGACAAUGGAAGACACGGGAAGCAUCUGAUAAAUUUUCCAUGAAUUUGACUCUUCCACGGCCAUAUACCGGAACUGGAGAAGUGAUACCACCACCGCAAAUUUCACGUAAAAAAGGAACGAAAGUUUUGAUCUCUUAUUGCCCAUGUCAAUUUGAGUUCGCUCAAAAACUGAGUAAAGCAUUAAUUGCUAAAGGUAUUCCAGCUGUUUGUCCACCGAUGAAGGUUCACGAAAUGAUCAAAAUAGCAACUCAAAAGGCAAGAGUCGUCGUACCACUAAUGAGUCAAGCAUAUGAAGCAUCGAAUACGGCCAAGUAUGUUCUAUCAUAUGUUGAUGAAGCUGGUAUUCCGAUAGUUCCUGUGAAAGCACAAAAUCCUUACACGCAAAGUGGUUGGCUUGGCGUUAUAUGCGCUGGUGCAUUAUGGACACAAAUGACAGAUGCCAAUGAAUUUGAUAAAAAGCUUGAUGAGUUGAUAUCACAAUUACAACCGUAUACUACUGAUUGUGAUGAUCAAGACGAACAAGAUGAUAUCCUUGUUGAUGACGAGUACGUUGAAGGCUAUUAUUUGGAGUCGGGAAAAGAAAUUUCUAUGGAAUUUGAUAUGUUCUCUUUGAUAAAUGGAUAUAUUGCGGGUGAAGGAGAAGAUGAUAUUGGUAGCUUUGUGAUUAGUGGUGAAUAUUAUGACUCACCGGUUACGAAAGAAUUAAAAUUUGAAUUUAAAAAGCAUUAUAUCGAAAACUAUGAUGUCUACUAUUCUGGAAUUAUAACUGAAGAAGAUUCUAUAUUAUCCUUUGAUGGAGAAUGGAAUCGAAACAAUAUAUCUGAUGUCUUCCAUUUAGACGCACGUCGCUUCGAACCGUCACGAUCUCAACGUUCGCAUGUUAUGUUAAGUUAUCAAUGGGAUAGUCAAAAAUUCGUUAAGAAGAUAGCAGGUAAACUUAAAGAGAAGAAUAUUCCGAUAUGGUUUGACAUUGGUGGAGAUAUGAAAGGUAAUAUCAAUGCCGCUAUGGCUAAUGGUGUGCAAGAAGCCGCGGUAAUUGUUAGUUUCGAUACUGUUGCAUAUAGCAAAAGUGUUAAUUGUAAAAAAGAACUUACGUUCGCUAAGCUAUUGGAGAAAAAUAUUCUUCCCGUUCUUCUUGAGGAUGAAAAGGGCUUCGAAAAUACAUGGCUAGGAAAUGCAAUAAAGUAUUUGGACAAAGUAAAUAUGAAAAAUGAAAGUGACUUCGAUUCCAGUUUUAAUGUUCUUCUACAACGUAUUGAACAAGCCCUUGAACAAGAAGAAAAUGAAGAUGAAUCUGAAGCUAUCACGCGCUUUGAGGGUGGUGUUGUUCAAGGCAAAUACUAUGGAAAUGGCCAAGUUUUUGAUUUGAAAUUUGACUUUUUCAGUUUAAUAGACGGAUCAGUUUUAGGUCAAGGUGGUGAGGAUGAAGAUGCUUUUACACUGGCUGGAAAUUAUGAUAAUGAAGGAAACAUUAGUUUCAAAGAACAAUAUGUUGAAAAACAUCUCAUUGAAUAUAAAGGAAAACUUAUUUGUGAUGAAUUUGGUGGAUUCAAAAUUGAAGGUAUAUGGAAAGCUCAUUAUGGAACAGGUAAAUUUCAUUUGGAGAGUAUUAAUGAUUAUAAAGAUGGCGACGACGACGAUGAUGCCAGUGAAGGCAACUAA